AUGGCUACCAGGUUUAUUACAUACCAUGAUCUGGACGACCUUCGAGACAGACGGAAGCGAGCCCAGAUCAACGCGUACAUCAACUCGACCAGGAAAGAGCACAGAUUCAGAACGUCGAAGCGUACGUCGAAGCCGCCUCUCGAAUGGCAACAUCAGCCACAAAAUCCUGCGCUGGUGAAAGUUGAGCCAGGCCUUGCGGAGGACUCUGUUAUCGAGAGACCCAGUUCAGCGAGCGCCGAGGACGUUGAUGAUGCUCCCUCCCUCCCUGGUCGGACGUACAAAGCCGAAGCUUUGGCUACACCUCAGACCCUACUUGAUGGCUUCCGUCGUGAUCCCUUUGCGUCGUUUCCGGUCACUCAAUCUGGACAGGUGCUAUGGGCGGCGGAUUACUUCACUCGUGUCUACGCCAGAGAUAAUGCGUCCUUGUACUCCGACGAGAAAGGGAAUUGGCUAUUGAACAGACUCUUCUCUCUGGCGCUACAGUCCGAUAUGUUGUUCGAAGCCAUCAUUCUGUCCAUGUCACGACUCCAUCCUGCUGGCCAAAGUGCAAUUGUCCCUGGCGGAGUUCGCUUCUCCUACUACAGGACGAGCGUGAUCUCGAAGCUUCACCGCAGGCUCGCAGUCAAGGAAAAAGCUACAGAUGACAUUACCAUCCACACAAUCAUCGCUCUCAUCUCAGCCGACUUCUUCGCAGGUCAUGACGAGAAUGCUGCCACCCAUCUCAAAGGGUUGCAGGCCAUUGUCGCCUCUCGUGGCGGGCUGGAGCAUGGAGAUUUCGACCGCUUCACGAUAUACAAUUUGACUGGUUGCCAUGCGCUCUGUCAAUUUGCUUCCGAACGUUACCGACAAUGCUCAGCCGCCGCGGUCAAGCCUCAGAUCGAAUUGAUCUACCCCGAGCAUCCGUAUUCGCCAAGUCUCUGUGCUCUCAUCGCCACUCUCCCCGUCGGCUUCGGCGACAUCGCUAUCGACGGCCGCCUCUCGGUGCAAAUCAUCAAGCUUCUCGCCCGCCUCGCUAGCGCUGCCCAGGACUCACCGUUGAGGAAGGACGUCUCUGUAACUGAAGUCAACAAAAUUGGGAUAGAUCUGCUCAGCUUCAUGUCGCAGCGCAGCGUCACACCGCUGGAAAGAAGUAUCUGCGUGCUGUGUUUCAUGUUCAACAUCCGCGACGGUCUCCAGGCGACUCGCAACAAGGGGCAACAAAUCUUUGGCGAGUUUCUGGGCAAUCUGAAGAAUGUCCUGAAAACGACGUCCGAGACAUUCAUGUCGCUGGAAGGUUGCACGGCCGAUCUCGCCAUUUGGGGCGUGGCAAUCCUGACAACCGUGUCGACUGCCGAGGGGUUGGGCUUGUCCGAAGAGGAACGCGGUGAGACACUCGCACGGCUCGUGAGGCGACAUCCACGGACAGCGAGGUAUUGGAAUGAAAUCGAGCUCCGGGUGAAGCGGUUCUUCUUCCCGGACGCCUGGAUAGAGGAGUUCCAUAUUUGGUGGAAGAAAGAAAUGGCCGAGCACGCGUUUUGA